AUGCGGGACCUCUCACUCCCUUCCGCACCGGCGAAAGUGUUUUCAUACGCGGAUGAUGUCACCUUUCUCUGCCGGUACCAUCACAUCAAGUGGGCUGCCCGGAUCCUCUGGGAAUUCAUGCUUGAUGUCGAAAACUCCUUCACCCAGCGCAAAUUGACGAUCUCGGCAGCCAAGUCGUCCGUCACAGGACCCGAAAGAGUUCAGUCGUCAUCCAGUCAUCAUCGUUAA